AUGUAUUGGAUCAUUCGAGCACACGAUUUAGCAAAGAGCAUCAAGGCAAAGUGUGUCACAUGUCGAGCAGCAAACCCAAAAACUGAAUCACAGAUAAUGGCCAACUUACCACCACAGCGACUUCAACCCCAUUCCCCACCGUUCCACUACACAGCAUGCGACUACUUUGGACCACUGACUGUCAAAGUGGGAAGAAACAAGAGAACGAAACAUUACGGAGUAAUCUUUACGUGCCUAAAUACUCGAGCAGUCCACCUAGAAAUCGCCACCGACUGUUCAGCGAUGGAAUUUAUCCAGACUCUGCGAAGAUUCUUCUCAAUUCGGGGAUACCCAGCAGAAAUCUUGAGUGAUAACGGUACGCAGUUUGUUGGUGCAUUGACCAAUCUGCGCAAAAUGAUCCAAGGAGCUGACAAAAGGCUACUUCAAGACUACUGCGCGGAAAAGGGAGUACAAUGGAAGCUUAGCACCCCAGCGGCACCACAUCAAAACGGAUGUGCAGAGGCGAUGGUGAAAAGCUGCAAACGAGCCCUGAAGAGAGCGAUUGGAGAACACAUACUUACUCCGUUUGAGCUGUAUACUUGUUUACUGGAAGUAGCGAACUUAGUAAAUCAACGCCCAAUUGGACGACCUCCGAAUGAUCCCGAUGACGACUCAUAUUUGUGCCCCAAUGAUAUGCUCCUGUGUAGAGCAUCUGUUCAAGUACCACAAGGUCCAUUUCAAGAAACCAAAAACCCCAGAAGAAUGGUGGAGUUUGUGCAAAAGAUCGUGGACUCGUUUUGGAAACGAUGGACAAGAGACACAUUUCCAUUACUUGUCCCCAGGAAAAAAUGGAAUCAGGAAAAGAGAAAUGUGCGAGUCGAUGAUGUGGUAAUAGUGGCUGACGGAAAUGCUGUACGAGGAAAGUGGACAGUAGGACGGAUAGUAGAAGGGUACCCGGGAGAGGAUGGAAAGGUACGAAACGUAAAGGUCAAAACAAGUUCAGGGGAGUACUCGAGACCAAUCACCAAGAUCGCUGUGAUUCAAGCAGCAGAAGAAAUAAACUGA